AUGCCCAGCUCCCUGUUUGCAGACCUGGAGCGCAACGGCAGCGGCGGCGGAGGGGGAGGCGGCGGCGGCGGCGGCGGCGGCGGCGGGGGAGAGACCCUGGAUGACCAAAGAGCCCUGCAGCUCGCGCUCGAUCAGCUCUCCCUGCUGGGGCUGGACAGUGACGAGGGCGCCUCUCUGUACGACAGUGAGCCGCGCAAGAAGAGCGUGAACAUGACCGAGUGCGUGCCGGUGCCCAGUUCCGAGCACGUCGCCGAGAUCGUGGGGCGGCAAGGUUGUAAAAUUAAAGCGCUGCGGGCGAAGACCAAUACUUACAUCAAGACCCCGGUUCGCGGGGAGGAGCCUGUCUUUGUUGUGACGGGCAGGAAGGAGGAUGUGGCCAUGGCUCGGAGGGAGAUCAUCUCUGCCGCGGAGCACUUCUCCAUGAUCCGCGCCUCGCGGAAUAAGAACACGGCGCUCAACGGCGCAGUGCCCGGGCCGCCCAACCUGCCCGGACAGACCACCAUCCAGGUGCGGGUGCCCUAUCGCGUGGUGGGGCUCGUGGUGGGGCCCAAGGGCGCCACGAUCAAGCGCAUCCAACAACAGACGCACACGUACAUCGUGACGCCCAGCCGCGACAAGGAGCCGGUGUUCGAGGUGACCGGCAUGCCUGAGAACGUGGACCGAGCUCGCGAAGAGAUCGAGGCGCACAUCGCCCUGCGCACCGGCGGCAUCAUCGAGCUCACAGAUGAGAACGACUUCCACGCCAACGGCACGGAUGUGGGCUUUGAGCUGCAUCACGGGUCCGGCGGGUCCGGCCCGGGCAGCCUCUGGAGCAAGCCCACCCCCAGCAUCACGCCCACCCCCGGCCGCAAGCCCUUCUCUAGCUACCGCAACGACAGCUCCAGCUCGCUUGGCAGCGCCUCCACGGACUCUUACUUCGGCGGGGGGACCAGCGGCAGCACAGCCGCCACCCCGCGCCUGGCGGACUACAGCCCCCCCAGCCCCGCGCUCAGCUUUGCCCACAACGGAAACAACAACAACAACGGCAACGGAUACACCUACGCGGCGGGGGAAGCUUCCGUGCCUUCCCCCGACGGCUGUCCCGAGCUGCAGCCCACCUUCGACCCGGCUCCCGCUCCCCCGCCUGGGGCGCCGCUGCUCUGGGCUCAGUUCGAGCGCUCCCCCGGAGGCGGACCCGCAGCGCCGGUGUCGUCUUCCUGCUCGUCCUCCGCAUCUUCGUCCGCCUCGUCGUCCUCGGUGGUCUUCCCCGGCGCCGGCGCGCCCUCCAAUGCCAACCUGGGGCUGCUGGUGCACCGCCGGCUGCACCCGGGCGCGAGCUGCCCGCGCCUGUCCCCGCCCUUGCACAUGGCGCCGGGGGCGGGCGAGCACCACCUGGCUCGCCGGGUGCGCAGCGACCCGGGCGGAGGCGGCCUGACCUACGCCGCCUACGCCAACGGGCUGGGGGCGCAGCUGCCGGGCCUGCAGCCGUCGGACACCUCCGGCUCCUCGUCGUCGUCCAGCUCCUCCUCCAGCUCCUCGUCGUCGUCGUCGGGGUUGCGGCGGAAGGGCAGCCGCGACUGCUCCGUGUGCUUCGAGAGCGAAGUGAUCGCCGCGCUCGUGCCCUGCGGCCACAACCUCUUCUGCAUGGAGUGCGCCAACCGCAUCUGCGAGAAGAGCGAGCCCGAGUGCCCGGUCUGCCACACCGCGGUCACUCAGGCCAUCCGCAUCUUUUCCUGAAGGCAGCGCGCGCUUGCGCGC